ACAUUCCGGUGCUCAAUUGUCAUCUGAGGUGGAAGGCGUACAACUGUCAUGUGAAGUUUCUGCGAGUUGUGGAGGUUGCUUUUCGUAAAUUGUGUGUGUAGUUCACCUAACGUAGUAUUAGGAGAGCGUUCCUGUGUAGAAGAUCAUUCCCUACUGUACCAUUUUCGUCUGACUGAUAAACAUGAUGGAAGGGUUGGAAGAUAACGCAGAUUUAAUUAACGACGGUAAUAGGAAGGACGGUUUAGACGAUAGAGACAUUUUAAGUGGUGAUAAUAGAAAGCCUGGAAGAUCGGAGACAGUGGAUUUAACGGAUCAUUCAUUGCUUGUUGAUAUAUCUGAUGCUUUGAGUGAAAAAGAUAAAGUUAAAUUCACAGUUCACACUAAGACAACUCUACCAGAAUUUCGUAAAUCAGAGUUCUAUGUUGUUAGACAGCAUGAAGAAUUAAUAUGGUUACAUGACAGAUUUGAAGAAAAUGAAGAUUAUGCAGGCUACAUUAUUCCUCCAGCUCCACCUCGACCAGAUUUUGAUGCAUCCAGAGAAAAGUUACAGAAACUUGGUGAAGGAGAGGGUACUAUGACGAAAGAAGAGUUCACAAAAAUGAAACAAGAGUUGGAGGCAGAAUAUCUGGCAACUUUCAAGAAGACUGUAGCAAUGCACGAAGUAUUUUUGUGUAGACUCGCCAAUCAUCCAGUCUUUCGUAAUGACCACAAUUUCCGCGUGUUUCUGGAAUAUGAUCAAGAUUUGUGUGUAAGAGGGAAGAACAAAAUGGAAGUGCUUGGUGGAUUUAUGAAAUCUUUUUCAAAGACAACAGAUGAGUUGUUACUCACUGCAACUGGGGUAAAGGACGCAAGUGAAUUCUUUGAGCAAGAGAAAAACUUUCUGAUAGAUUACUACACCCAUUUAAAAGAUGCCACAGCAAAAGCUGAUAGGAUGACAAAACGUCACAAAGAUGUUGCUGAUAGUUACAUAAAAAUAUCAACUGGAUUUGUGCAGCUUUCAACAAUUGAUAAUACUGAUUUGGAAAAGUUUUUGACAAAAGUGGCAGAGACUUUUGAGAAAGCAAGGAAAAUAGAAGGAAGAGUUGCUUCUGAUGAGGAUCUGAAACUAUCUGAUACAUUAAGGUAUUAUAUGAGAGACACAUUUGCUGCCAAACAGCUUUUAUAUAGACGUUUACGUUGUUUAACGGAUUAUGAGAAUGCCAACCGAAACCUGGAGAAAGCUCGGACAAAGAACAAGGAUAUUCAUGCGGCUCUGGAAGUAGCAGAUGCAGAACUGGUGCAACAGCGUGCAUGUGAAAAAUUUGAGCAGAUGUCUGAGAAGGCAAAAGAAGAACUACUAGAUUUUAAAACGAGAAGAGUUGUUGCAUUCCGGAAAAAUCUAAUGGAACUGGCAGAGCUCGAAUUGAAACAUGCCAAGGCCCAGGUUCAGCUUUUCAAGAACUGUUUAGCAGCACUGAAGGAAGAGUGACCAAGGGCAGAUUUCAUUCCUGUUUCAUCAGAGGAAAUAUCUUCUUUUGUUCUUUAGUGGGGAAAUUGAAUACAUGAGCUUAAUGGUGCAAAGAAUGUGAAAUAUUUUCCGAAUUUGGUUGUUGUGAAAAGGUUAUUCAGAGAAAGCAUUAUGAUGUGAAGCAAUACCAGUGCUUUACAUGGACUAAACCUUAUGACUGUCUUUGGAAGAAGGUAUUAGCAAAGUGUUGGUAUUGUAUGUAUAUAAAUGGACUGGUAGCUCAGCUUGCUGUUUUUCAAUGACAGGUUAUUACUUCAAACUUUGAUGGAAGAGGUCACUUUGGGCUUUCAGUGUUCAUGAAAGUAAGUGUUUAGUUUGAAUGUCAAAGGUGUGUAGCUUGAUUAAGAAACUGCAUGAUCUUCUGUUUAUCUGACAUGUCAAAGAUUACUGUGUUUGUAACAGCUGUAAUUCGGUAGUAUUAGCUGGUAUGCAAGAGUGAAUGUUUCGCCUCCUUUCAUAUACGCAGCUUGUGAGGGUGGUUAAAUGUGAAUCAAGAGUAUUUUGUUCAUUUGUUCCUGUGAAAAGCAGGAAUUAUUGUUCACAACAGAGCCAGCUAUAUAAUGGAACCUACAUUUCAGAUUUUUCUUCCUCGUUCACUUUCAUAGCUGCAUUACUCAUAUUACUGUUAUGAGGAUGAAUAAGGCAUUUUAUGCAAGUGCAUGGAGUCACUU